AUGCCAGUUGACACAUCGCUCCACAGCUUGUUGUAUCCUGAUGCAUAUGCAGAUACAGCAUGCGUGUGCUUGCCGUGGUCUCGCAACAACGGCACCCACACAGCGACACUGAGUGAUGACAACAUCAUCACCAUCACAGUUAUCAUCGCAAUGGAGUCGUAA